CGAUAAGUACAGUAGCUACUUACUUAUAUCCUGAAGGCUUUCGCCUGUUUUCAAGGGGCAUGGUUUCUUUGCCUUUGGACCUCAGAAAUGCGCCUAUAAUCUGGCGGUCUCUUGACAUCUUGCCGAUCCUUUCCACGGCGCAUCGUUGGAACUCUAGAGUCCGAAGCUCGCGGCAUCCACAAACACGUUGCCUGCUAGCACCAGAACCCGAUAAUUCGCACAAAGCAUUACGCCCAUCAGCCCAACGCCAAUGCACGCCAUCAUCGUAGGUGCAGGUCCUGCGGGCCUUGCCGCAGCGCUGGCACUACACCAGCAAUCCACAGACUCAUCGCCCAUUCGGGUAACGAUUCUCGAGCUACGGCCGGGCAUCCAGACACUCGGCGGCGCCGUCAACUUAACGCCGCUUGCCAUGCGCUAUCUCGACGCUCUCGGAGUCGCACCACGUCUGCGGCCCAAAGGAGCGAAGGUCAGCCACAUCAACAUGGUGUCCCACCGAACCGGUUCGUCGCUGGGCAGACUAUGGCCCAAUGUCGACGCCAUUCGCGUGCUGCGGCAGCAUCUGGUCGAGGCCAUGGUGGACACGGUUCGCGCAGUGCCAAACAACCACAUUGAGCUCCGGUACGGAGCCAAGGUCACCAGCAUCCAAGAGCUCGGCGACGCCUCUUCCCCGCAGGGCAGCAUCCAUGUCCGCUUCACCGACACCACCACCACGACAACGGGUGGUGGCCACGACGACGACGAGACCAUGAUCCAAGGCGACCUUGUCCUCGGCUGCGACGGCAUCCACUCGUUCGUGCGCGGCUCCCUCGUCGACCCGACCCGCGAAAAGACCUACUCCGGGCGGGCUACCGCCUACGGCUUCAUCCCGGUCUCGGAGCCGGGAAACGCCGGCAUCACAGCCGCCGCCGACGGCUCCCCCGUCGUGGGCAUCUCCACCGUCAUCACGGCCCAGCUGGGAUCGCUGCUCGUCACCUUCUUUGAGCCCUCGCUCUCGAGACUGUACUUGGCUGCUGUGAUAGCGCAGCCGGAAAAUCAAAAGACUGACGGGAGGGAAGGGAAGAGGGCGACGGGGGCGGAGAGGGAUGCGCUUCGAAGUGAAUUUUCGAGGCGGUUUCGAGGCGGGAAGCUAGCCGGUCUCGAGGAGGCGCUGGAAAGGUGCGAGGAGUGGGUGUCGUUUCCGGUCUACAUGCUUCCUCCGGGGGGGGUGUGGUCCAAGGGGCGUGCGUUGUUGCUCGGCGACGCCGCGCAUGCGAUGCCGCCGCAGGGCGAAAGCACCGGAGUCGCAAUUGAGGACGCUGUGCUUCUUGCACACGUCUUUAGCCGCCGCGACCGGCGGUCCAUACCGCAGAUGUUUGCCGACUACGAGGUCCUGCGCAGGCCGGUCAUCCAGAAGACGUACCAAGAGACUCUUUUCCGGUGGGAGAAGGUUGGCGACAAAAGCUGGUUCAAGACCGUGGUUAUGGACUGGCUUACAACGGGAGUAAUCUGGUUCAUGAACAGCUGGAGCAAGGACAGCUUUGGGCGCGAUGUCAGGGAACUUGAAUUGCCGACUUUGGGCUCUCAAUAAAGAACAUCCAGGAGGAAGUAUAUCUUGGUGUGUACGGCGUUGCCGCGUUGUGCCACACAGGGCCACAGAACUGAAUCAAACGCGCCUGGUCCGGCCCCGAAUUUCGGUUCAGUCUCGUAUGUACGAGAUGCUGAUUCAUCCAUUACAGGCGGCUAUUGACCGUAAUAAGGAUCCCAUGGAGGAAUGAAAUCCCUGUUCUCGAUUCGUCAUCAAUGUUGUCACCUAGGUCACGCCUCUGAAGAAAGACGGCUGGGGGCAGAAGACACUGCGUCAUGUUGGAACCUGCAAGGCGACGACCGCUGAGAUAUGCGCUGGAAGAAGCUAUUCCCAGUCAAAGCAGUGGAUUGAAUUUUUAAGGUGGUAAAAAGUGAUUGAUU